AGGAAGGGGCGGGGCUUCCCCCGGGGAUGAACGCCCCGCCGGCGCUGCGCCCGGCGUGCUCUAGUGUCACGUGCCUGCGGGCUCGCGCCCCGUGCGACGUUGCCGGAAGCUGCUGUGGCGUCGUGCGCGCGCGGGGCGAGGUUGGGGCUCGCGGCGCGGCCCGGAGGCGCAGCAAAAUGCUGCCAACUACUUCAGUUAAUUCUCGGAACCAGGGCAAUGGUGCGCUGAACUCCAGAGAUGCUGCGAGGCAUACGGCUGGAGCAAAGCGCUACAAGUACCUGCGGAGGCUCUUCCACUUCCGACAGAUGGAUUUUGAGUUUGCUCUGUGGCAGAUGCUCUACCUAUUUACUUCACCACAGAGGGUUUAUAGGAACUUUCACUAUAGAAAACAAACAAAAGACCAGUGGGCAAGAGAUGAUCCUGCUUUCUUAGUACUUCUCAGUAUCUGGCUAUGUGUGUCUACUGUGGGAUUUGGAUUUGUGCUGGAUAUGGGAUUUUUUGAAACAAUAAAGCUCCUACUUUGGGUUGUUUUCAUAGACUGUGUGGGUGUUGGCCUUCUGAUAGCAACUUUAAUGUGGUUCAUUUCUAAUAAGUACUUGGUAAAGCAGCAGAACAGAGACUAUGAUGUGGAGUGGGGAUAUGCCUUUGAUGUUCAUUUGAAUGCUUUCUAUCCACUUCUAGUCAUUUUGCAUUUUAUCCAGCUGUUUUUCAUCAAUUAUGUCAUCAUAUCUGAUUCAGUCAUUGGGUAUUUUGUUGGGAAUACACUGUGGCUGAUUGCAAUCGGCUAUUACAUCUAUGUGACAUUCCUAGGAUACAGUGCAUUGCCAUUUUUGAAGAACACAGCUAUUCUUUUGUACCCUUUUGCUCUUCUCAUCAUGCUCUACUUGAUCUCAUUAGCAUUCAGCUGGAACUUCACCAAGAUGCUUUGCUCUUUUUAUAAAUAUAGAGUGAAAUAAAACAGGACUUCAUGUAUCUGAUGUUUAGUUUGGUUUAAUCUUAGCUGUCUUGACAGUAAAGAAAAACAGUUAAGAGCUUUUUUGUAAAUGGUUGUAAAUUUCUCUUUAUUGUAGAUAAUUGUGUAAAAAAAAAAAAAACCUUGAAGUGUCAUUUUUUAUUAAAAUAUUUACAACAGUAAA